AUGGCGCAGUCAAAAGGAAUUUGUCGAACUGUAUCUACUGGUGGACGGCAUCAAAUCAGUGCCGAAAAUAGCUUGCGUGUACUAACCGAACCUCACAAAUCAGCGAAAACAUUGGAUUUUAGCUUCCGUAGUUCCGGCCAACCAAUUAGGUAAUG